UGAGGACUUUCAUGAAUACAAAAAAGGCUAAGAGGAAGAAGAAGAAGAAGAAGAAGAAGAAGAAGCAACAGCAGAGAAUUAAUUUUCCCUGGUCAAAUCCCCUGGUCGCAGUUUACAAAGACAUAGAAGGCAAAGAGAACGGCAGUGGAAGGAGGAAUAAGAAGACGCACAAAAUCGAAAAGGUUAAUGAGCUUAUGCCAGUUUUGGGUACUUACCUUCCAAAUAGCACAUUAGGAAGCUUUCACUUGCCGAGUUCAACUUAUUAAUCAAGUGCUUGCCAUCAAUGGUGGUUUGGAUGUGUUUGGCUCCAUUUUAUAUCUUCCAGACCUUGCGGUUUGUACCUCAAAUAGCUUUCGGAUUAUUGAGUUCUUACGUUGCUAUUAUGUUUACCUUCGCGAUAUGCAUGAUCACAUAGAAAU